AUGGCGUCCAGUGGUCACUCCAUAACAUAUACAUAUGCCGAUCUCGUCAAAGCGGACGCACGCUUUCCGCCCGAAUUGGUGCUGUCUGUCAUGUCGAGUGUUCCUCCUUGGCUACUGCGAGCCUUGUCGGAGGGCAAGGACACGACAUCCAAUAUCCCUGCCCUCGCCAAAACGGCACUCGAAGACUGGCGUCGUCGCAACUCCUUCAAUGAUGUUCGAACGUCGACUUUGCCACUCGACAGUGCUAUCUCCCAAGGCUCCACUGUUGUCGGCAAGCUCAAUUCGAUGUCCCUAUCGUUCCAGGUGGAGGUAUGGCUCCGUGGAGCAUCGUCAAGUCGCAAUCCGCCGUCCAGUCUCAUCGCGGCUACAACCACUCUGUACUCUGGCGACUUGAAGACCCACCGAUUUGGCACUGUUUACAUUGGCGCAUGUCCCUCGCGCGAGUAUGGCUCGCGAAUGAGCUUCUGCGAGCCACCAGCAGCUCAUAUUCAGUGUCUCCAAGGCAACUUGCUGGUCUUCGGAGAUCACAUCAGCGGAGACUAUCAGGAAGGCGGGAACGGCCCGUUUGCUGCAAAUUUCAGCGAGAUUGUGCAUAUCAUCGACGUCGAGCAGGAACGAGGCACCAGUUUGCUAUGGAGCUUCGCCCUGAACAACGGUCCUCGCUUGUCACAGAUUCAUCAUUGGAGCAACGUGCUGAAGGAACCCACAAACAUUCGCUCGCAUACCUGCAUACGCACCAUCGCUCGACUACUUCAGGAUACCGUGAACACCGGGCAGCAUGUCACACUAGCCGUACCCAGCGGCGGCCUGGAUCCCGCAGACAUACCUGUUUACAAAGCAGAGGUGAGGUCCAGAGUGGACGCAAGGAUGAGAGAGGCUCGGAUGGGGCUGUCAGAUGAUCAGAUCGCCACUGCGCACAAUCGAUUUGACAUUGAGUUCUUUGCUUGGGGAGACGAGUCUCGGUACGACAAGGCGAUGGAGCUUCAUGAGGAGGCACAGGUUUACCUCGAAUACCCGGAGGAGACUGGGGCUGUCUCUAUUCUGGACAUGAGCCCGCUCUCGGGGAUAUCCCAAGCUUGCCGAAUCCCCGACAUGGGCAAGCUCCAGACGCGAUCAGCAGCCCACCCGAACCCUGAGAGCGUCUGGCACUUUUGA